UUUCUCCUUCACUGUGCCCCGCUGCUCCGAACAGCGCCGUCAGACUCUGCACGCUCCGCCCCACAAAUAAAGACAUGGCAGAGAAAGGAGCGGGGUGCGAGGUCCAGCAGGACGAGGCAGGAAAAGGCAAACAGGUGGUGAACAAAGGCCACUGUGGGACAUGUCAGCACCGCACACCCAAGGGACAUGGCACAAUGGCCGUCCCUCCUGCAUACACAGACUUGGGGAAAUCUGCCAAAGACAUCUUCAACAAGGGCUUCGGAUAUGGAGUUCUCAAGCUGGACGUUAAGACCAAGACCCAGAGUGGUGUUAUGGAGUUUGCCACCUCCGGCUCCAACAACACCGACACGGGGAAGUCGGGAGGUCACCUGGAGACCAAGUACAAAGUGAAUGAUCUGGGCCUCAACUUCAACCAGAAAUGGAACACAGACAACACUCUCACCACGGAGAUCACCAUGGAGGACCAGCUGGCUAAAGGCCUGAAGCUCGGUCUAGACGCAUCAUUUGUGCCCAACACCGGCAAGAAGAGUGCCAAGCUGAAGUCCGGCUACAAACGGGACUUUGUAAAUGCGGGCUGUGACCUGGACUUCGACAUGGCCAGUCCCACCGUCCACGCAGCCGCCGUGCUGGGCUACGAGGGCUGGCUGGCGGGCUACCAGUUGGCUUUCGACACGGCCAAAUCCAAAUUGACCCAGAACAACUUCGCCCUCGGAUACAAGGCCGGUGACUUCCAGCUUCACACCAACGUAAAUGAUGGCACGGAGUUCGGUGGCUCCAUUUACCAAAAGGUGAACAGCAACUUGGAGACAGCGGUCCACCUGGCCUGGACGGCUGGCAGCAACAACACACGCUUUGGAAUCGGAGCCAAAUACCAGCUGGAUAAGGACGCCUCCCUGUCUACCAAAGUCAACAACGCUUGUCUCGUUGGAGUUGGAUACACACAGACCCUCAGACCAGGAGUGAAGCUCACCCUCUCGGGUCUGCUCGACGGGAAGAACGUGAACGGCGGCGGGCACAAAGUCGGCUUGGGUUUCGAGCUGGAGGCGUAGAGAGGUCAGCGGGAGGACGGACACCAAGGGAGAAGGAAAGCAACACGGGACAAGAAAGAAAGAGCCCAAAUGUGAAAACGCAGCAGAGGUCCACUCAGCGACCACGUCAACACAUUGUCUUACACACGCGCACACGCACGCGCACACGCACACACACACAUUCGUUGGCCUUAUCCCUAAAACCCCAAGCCAGUCUCCAAAACCUCCGGUACUGUAGUUUUAAAAGAAUCAAGCAAUAUUUUUGUGAUGGUUACUUUUCAAUUUGACAUCAUUAAAAAAAGCUCUCACAGGCAACCUUUGAGCACAUCUCACCAGAACACAACAGAAGAACAGACUCGUGUGCUGCUUACGACAAAGUGCUUUUAAAAAGAGCAUUUGUGUCUGAAACAUGUUUUCUUUCCGAAGUAAAAUUUGAAGCACCUUGUAGUUUUUGACUGUGUGGUCAGAAUGUUUUUGUUCAGAUAUACUUUGGGUUUUAGACAUGUAUAUGAUUAUUAGAGGACACUUGUUUUCGGUAUAUUGUGGUUUUGUUGCAUGCUUUCGAGGCUAGAGACAUGGGUUUGUUUUUCGACUUUUCAUUGUCGCAUAACAGAUGCAAUAAAAGUUGGGGAGGAUCGAGCAGAAAAGACGAAGAGCGGCGGAUCCUUCUCGGAUUCAGUCAGCUGAUUCCACCCUUUGACCUCUGUAACGCGGUUUUAAUCUGUGGACCUUCAGCUGCCUAAAUGUCGGUUUUUCAGGUCCUUUUUUGGCGAAAUUGCCGACAAUAAUUUGAGACUCUGCGAACCCUCUUCGUCCUGUCUUGUGUCCUGUACCUCUUCGACCUUUACCACUACAUUUCACUUUCUGUACUGUGCUUUGUGUAGGAGUUAGUCAACAAUUAGGACCUCAAACCGAUUUUAUUGAAUUAAUGAAUAAAGAACGUUAAACACUA